GUCCUGGUGCAUUUGGGAAAACAGUGCAUUUCUACUCGCUAGUCACCAGUCACACCAGAGACCAGAUGUUACGAAUAUUCCAGUUUCGUGAUAGACCGUAGGGUGCGUUAAUUCCUUUGAUUUGCUUGAAGUUAUUUGCGUAUUUCGAUUGUUUUGGAGUUAACUUCAGAUUCAGAGGAGUUAUCGGUUUUCGUCCAGCUGUGAUCGUGUGUUCGCUUCUUUCCAUUUGGUGAAGCGCUGCUUUAUAUUCAGCAGACAUGUUCAGCCAUUUCUUCCCUGAAGUCGUUUUCAAUAUCGAUGAUGGCUAUCUGGAAGGUCUCAUCCGUGGCUUCAAGGCUGGCAUCCUUAACCGAACGGAUUAUUUAAAUUUAGUGCAAUGCGAAACUAUAGAUGAUCUGAAACUCCAUCUUCAAAGUACGGACUAUGGUAACUUCCUGGCCAAUGAACCCAGUCCACUCCAAGUGGCCGUCAUCGAUGAAAAACUGAAAGAGAAAAUGGUGCAGGAGUUUCGCCACAUCAGAAAUCAGGCUGUGGAACCACUAAGCACCUUUUUAGACUACAUCACGUAUUCCUAUAUGAUUGACAACAUUGUGCUGCUAAUCACGGGAAGCCUACACGGUCGUCCUAUUGGCGAGCUCAUCAGCAAAUGUCAUCCACUGGGAAGCUUCGAGCAGAUGGAAGCACUGAAUAUCGCAUCGACAACAGCUGAGUUGUACAACGCAGUCAUCGUCGAUACCCCACUGGCACCGUUUUUCGCUGACUGUAUAUCCGAGCAGGAUCUUGAUGAAAUGAACAUCGAAAUUAUCCGUAACAAGCUCUACAAGGCAUAUCUGGAAUCGUUUUACGAUUUCUGCAAAAAGUUGGGCGGCACUACGGAGGAAGUUAUGUGCGAGAUUUUAGCGUUCGAAGCUGAUCGCCGGUGCUUCACAAUCACAAUCAACUCGUUCGGGACCGAACUGACAAAAGACGAUCGCGUUAACCUGUACCCAUUGUGUGGCAAAUUAUUCCCUUAUGGAAUUGCUGGAUUGACAAGAGCAUCGGAUUACGAUCAAGUCCGGAUGGUGGCUGAGAGUUUCGCUGAGUACAAAAAGAUUUUCGAUGAUAUUGGUGUGCAAGGCCAAGGAGGAGGCGAGAAAACUCUGGAGGACAAGUUUUUUGAAUAUGAGGUGAAACUGAAUGUCAACGCUUUCAUGCAGCAGUUCCACUAUGGAGUGUUUUAUUCUUUGUUCAAACUCAAGGAACAAGAAUGCCGAAAUAUUGUGUGGAUUGCGGAGUGUGUAGCACAGCGCCAUCGUGCCAAAAUCGAUAAUUAUAUUCCCAUCUUCUAAAAUAAUAUUUUUACAAAAGUGUGAACAAGGGUGGGACAACUGGCAGCAUUCCUCAUGUGUGAAAGUCUGGAAUUUAUGUACUCUUUUAGUGGUGUUAACAGUUUUUGAAUGUAUACCCGGCAUCAGUGAGUAAUCCACCCGUAAACUUGUGUCAUUUGCGAUAUGUGCUUCUCAGCUGUUUGGACAUGUGUGUAACAUUUGAACGCUUCUCUAAUUUAUUUGGUAAGGAUUUUGUGAUGAUUGCAUACAUUCGGUGGUAUCUUGUUUAAUUUAAGUUUUACUCUUUAUUGUGUUCUGAUUUACGAAGCGUUGUUCAAAUUCAAUUUGCAUGCAAAGCAAACUGCG